AUGUGUCGAUCAACGAAAGACAAUAACGGGUAUGUCAAUUUGGCAACCGUCGUGAGCCUCAGAGAGUCCGAACCCGAACUGGAAGAAGACAAGGAAGAUGUCUUGCCGCCUUUGAGAUGUGUCAACGGGGCAGAUCCAUCGUGCACCCCACCCGCUCCGGACGAUCUCGAAGUAGUGGACUCGAGGGUGUCCAUCUCGCUACUCCCAGAAGAGCACUGCUCGAGUGAGCAUUACGAUGGCUGGCUAGCGUACCACGAGAAGUCUUCGCCGGCGAUAAGUCCUAUGCCUCAGCCUAGAAUGUCGUCUGCUCAUUUACCGAUUGAGGCUGGUAGUACUGUGAGGUCCGUCAAGAACUUCUCAUCGCCUAUACGACCUCGAGCCAAAACUCCCGCGCCACCAACGCCAAUCCCAGGCUCUGCUGUGUCCAUGGCAGACUCAUAUCGCAGUGACCUCACGAACCAUCUCGCCGUCCGAUCAUUGGAGACGGGCGCAGCAUUGAGCAGUCAUCCAGUUCGACAAACGGAGACGCUGACUGCUCUGCCUCAGAUCUCGUUGCCCAAAGAAGAGUUCCCAGUCAAGCACCCGGCUCCAGGACGUGAGGUAGAGAUCAAGCAUCCAUCUCCCCGACGCUUUGCCAGCCAUCCGGUCUUGUUGCAAAGAGCCUCGAGUAUCGCAUCUUCACUCUACCCUCGCAGCUUCUCCGAUAGUCCUGGCCCUCCACCUCCACGAAGUCCACUAAGGUUACGUCAGGAUCCUCGUACGAUCGAAAGCAUCAUCGCCACGCACAACAUCACGCACGUCCGUGAAAGCACACCAAGGAUCGCACCUAUGAUUGAGCCUGUGCUAGAGUACAACGAUGUCCUCGAGUCUAUGAAGCCUUGUGUCGUGACGGAAUGUACCGGACCGAUCAAACGUCCUCGAUCUCGAGGCGAGAAGAGCAGCAUGAUGAUUCAGAGAGCACAUCCAAUCUCACGCAGAGAGCGAGAGGAUCGUAUCAAGAGCCGGAAGCUUCGUGACAAGCCAACACUGGAGCGUGCGAUUGACACCCUUGUCCACACAAGCAGCCAGGCUCCCGCCAAGCGAUUGCGGAAAGCACGACCACAGAUCAAUAUUCCAGACUUGCAUGUUGCUCCUCUAGUCACUCGAGCUUCCUCAUCGGCUUCCAGCAAUGCCAGCUGGAAGAAGAUCUCAGAGUGCACACGCUCACCCGUCUCACCAGUCCCUUCGCAGGGCACACCAACAAGCAGUGGUGAGAAGACUGGCUAUACGCCAAUUUCACCCACUGCGUCCAACGAAAGUGCAAUGACAGCUUUGACGCGCAUGGCACUCAGCCCAGUCAUGCUCGUCGCCGAGGAGAUACCGCUGCAGAAGUCCAGACCGACGCCCAAGCCAGCCCGUCUGAUCGUCAAAGAUAGCAAGUUGUACGCACCCCGACCACGGUCAGCAUCGAUCCCACACAAUUCACUGAAGCGACAAAGUCGAGCCAGUGGCCCACCAUCCGGAGUUCAGACACCCGUCACCCAGACAUCUCGGCCAAACAGCCCAAGCCAGGCAGGCAAAGACGACACGCCUCCGCUGCCUUCUCCACCACCCAACAGAGCUCUGCCACCGACGCCGCCGGCAUCAGGCUCAGAGCGUUCAGCCAAGAUGUGCAAGAAGGACCUGCCGACGCUUCCAGCCUACGAGAUUCUGUCAAAAGACAGUACGCCACCCAAUCGAAUCGACCACGUUGCCACGCAAGCCCAAAGAAAAAGCGUCUCAUCCAAGGAGUCCUCGAAUAGCAAACCCAGCAACGGUAAAGACACCAGCAAGUUCGAUGCACGCCUCGCCGCGCUGGAGAAACAGAACGCCAUGCUCUCGGCCGCCCUGAUGGCCGUCCUUCGCACCAACGGCACCUUGAAUAGUCCUCUUGCUGCUAUCGCGCCUGUGAGCGAGGAGCCGGAGAGUCCAAAGCAGAUGCAGUGGGAGACCAGGAUUGCGCGACGUAGUGCUGCGAGUCAGCAGCACUCGUCUUCGUUGGACGCGAGUGCUGGUGCCUGUCAUGCGGCAAGUAGUAGUGAGGGAAGUGCGUUGGAGAUGUAUAUCGCGACACGGAGAGGGAGCAGGCAUGGAUGUGGUGGCGGGUGA